AUAACCCGGAUGAGGCUGUAGCUGGAUGAGUUUAUUCUCCCGUAGCGACGGAGGAAGAGCAGGAUCAGCAGAACUGCAGAAGAAAUGAAAAUAUUCCAUGGUUUCUCCUGAAAUUUAUCAUCAACCACCAGGAUAUUUAACAAAUAUCUGCUGAAAGAGGUGAAGCACAAGCCGCCCAGAAGAAUCUCCAGAACACGCAGAAACUGUUUGCUACAUUUCCCGACAUGGAGAAACAUCACCACUCUGUCAAGAGUUUUACUGAACAGAGUGAUCUCAAAAAUCACCAGUGCAUUCACACAGGAGAGAAACCGUAUCACUGCUCAGACUGUGGAAAGAGAUUUACUAAACAGAGCAAUCUCAAAAAACACCAGCGUGUUCACACAGGAGAGAAACCGUAUCGCUGCUCAGACUGUGGGAAGAGUUUUACUCAACAGAGUAAUCUAAAAAUACACCAGCGCGUUCACACAGGAGAGAAACCGUAUCGCUGCUCAGACUGUGGGAAGAGUUUUAAUCAACAGAGUAAUCUAAAAAUACACCAGCGCGUUCACACAGGAGAGAAACCUUAUCACUGCUCAGACUGUGGGAAGAGUUUUAAUCAACAGAGUAAUCUAAAAAUACACCAGCGCGUUCACACAGGAGAGAAACCGUAUCACUGCUCAGACUGUGGGAAGAGAUUUACUAAACAGAGUACUCUCAAAAAACACCAUUGCAUUCACACAGGAGAGAAACCGUAUUAUUGCUUAGACUGUGGGAAGAGUUUUACUAAACAGAGUAAUCUCAAAAAACACCAGUGCAUUCACACAGGAGAAAAACCGUUUCACUGCUCAGACUGUGGGAAGAGAUUUACUAAACAGAGUGAUCUCAAAAAACACCAGCGCAUUCACACAGGAGAGAAACCGUAUUUCUGCUCAGAUUGUGGGAAGAUUUUUAAUCAAGAGGGUCAUCUCAAACGACACCAGCGCAUUCACACAGGAGAAAAGCCGUAUCAAUGCUCAGACUGUGGGAAGAGUUUUAAUCAACAGAGUGAUCUCAAAAAACACCAGCGCAUUCACACAGGAGAGAAACCGUAUCAAUGCUCAGACUGUGGGAAGAGUUUUAAUCAACAGGGUCAUUUCAAAAAUCACCAGCGCAUUCACACAGGAGAGAAACCGUAUCACUGCUCAGACUGUGGGAAGAGUUUUACUAAACAGAGUAAUCUUAAUAAACACCAGCGCGUUCACACAGGAGUGAAACCAUAUUACUGCUCAGACUGUGGUAAGAGUUUUAAUCAGCUGAAUCAUCUUAAAAAUCACCAGUGCAUUCUAAAUUUGCAAAUUCAAAAUUUUUGCAGCCAAAACACCGUAUUCUACUGAAAACCUUCACUGUGUCACUUGAGACACAUUUCACCAAAAGCAAACAAGAACUGAAUUUGACAAUGGCUUUUACAGGUUCAGCAAAUUUGAUCUUAUCUGUUGUUUAAUGCAUUCCAUGAUGUUUUCCCCAGACAUGUGUUUGUAUAAAGACAUGUAUAAAGAACUAGAGACCCAGACUUAAGUAAAAGUACAACUACUCUAUUAAAAAAAAGAAUUUGAUUAGUAGUUGAAGUGUUUUUAAUCUAGUACUGAAAGUAAAAAUACAAGUAUUGUGUUAUGUAGAUAUUACAGAAAGAAGUAAAAGUUUGAAUAUCAUACUGUUUAUAUUAUUUCAAAUGUUUAGGCUAAAGGACACUUUUCCUCUGGCUGUAGCAACAGCACAAGAACAGGAAUAGAGUACAUGAAGUCUUAAAUUAACUCUCUAAACAAACUUACUAAACAGCAAGCCGUUAGAAUACUUUAACAAAUUCAGCAUAAAAGGUCACUAGUUGGUCUAUCUCUUUUAAAUUUAACAUUUAAAUAGUGUGGAAUUCAUAAUUCCAGGACAUUCGUAGCUUAAAAAUUGAGCAUGCUUAGACAUAAGGAGGACAUAAUAAUUUGGUAAAUGUAAAUAUAAUUCCCAGCCUUAACAGAUUCUUAUUUGUUUAAAUAUAAACCUUUUCUUUUUAUUUUUUCAAAUUGUACUCAUUUAUUUAGCUUGCAAACGUGUAUUGUGUAACCCUGUUUAAUGUUGUUCAAAGGGAGUCUUUUGUUUGUUUGGUUUGUUUGUUUUUGCUGGUUAACAUAUGAACGUGUUGUUUGACCAUUCUGGAAUUAUGUGUUUUGUUUUGAUUAAUCAAAUGUAAUGUAAUUGUUUUGUGUUUUUUUUCUUAGAACAUCUGGUAGAUCUCUGAAGCUGUAAUCCACAUAGUUGAUCAGAGUUGGAUACCUUUUCUUUGGGACAAGCAGUUAGCCAGGUCAAAUUUAAAAUGACUAAUGAACCAAUAAAAGUACAUUCAUGUAGGUUGAUCCUCCUACUGAAGCCUAAGCGAAAGGCCCAAAGACAAUGGAGCUCACCUCACUUAGGGCAUGUCCCAAGUAAUUCAGUCUUUGCGAGGCAGACAGAGCUGAGUUUUUAGAGUAGUUACGUUAUGAGUUCAGUUCGGAAGAAGGGAAGGUCCUUCGAGUUCGAGCGAGGGCACUGCAAAUGCUUGCUCCAGAUAUUAGAUUAGCAAAACUUAGUCUUUAAAAUGUAGAUGUCAUAGUUGUUAGGAAUAGAGUAGGAUUCUUAUUUCGCAACUAAACGUUUAGGACCAUACCUUCAGCGCUUAUGAUUAGAAGGUAUUGAAUAAAUUAAUAUCUUUUCUAGUAUAUGCAGAUUUAAUUAUUUCCCUUCACUUCUAGUAUCUCUGUUUUUGCUCUGUGGAAGCCGUUCUUAAUACACAAAGUGCAGCUUAGCUUAGCUUAAUGCUGUCAACCGCUAGGCCCACCCAUACGAAAAGUGAAGGGGAAAACACCACCUGAGCCACUCCAGAGAGAGAGCUCCCAAAAGUGAGACCCAGAGACAGCAGAGAGACGACACUGUGCCGGGUACCUGCCGUUAGGACCAAAGGCCAACAAAAACCUUUACAGAGGUCAAAUAAAAUACCAGGGUACCCAUGGCUUGUUAAAAAGUCCUAAAAGGUCUUAAAUGUAGUUUUACAUAUUCUACAUAUUUUACAAGGUCUAAAAAUGUAUUAAAAUAUCUGUGCUAAUCAGAGCGAGCGAGAGACAGUCAGCGCGAGUGUGCUCUCUCAGUUUCUGUGCAUCAUUUUUAUUUUUCGGUACUCAGUAGUACCAAGACAUUUUAGUCAGUACCUUUUUGGUAUCGAAUUUCGAUACCCAGCCCUAAUCCUGACUUAACAUUAAUGUCUCAACAAUUUAAUAUGGAAAACAAAUAAUUUUAUUAAAUCAUUUGAAUUAUUAAAACGA